AUGUACCGACUCGGUCUUCGUCUGGGCCAGCAGACCCGUGCUGCUCCCCUCCGCAACGCCGUUCAGCGCCGUUUCAACAGCAGCCAGACCAAGCCCGAAUGGAUCGUUGACAACGCCUUCAACCGUGAGCGCGAGAAUGUCAAGCACCAUGCCGCCACUACUAGCACUCUCUGGAAGAGACUUUCUAUCUACGCUGUGAUUCCCUGCCUUAUCGGAGGAGGUGUCAACGCUUACAACCUGUGGACCGAGCAUUGGGAGCACUGGAACCACAUGCCCCCUCUAGAGGAGCGCACCGAAUACGCCUACCAAAAUGUCCGCUCUAAGAACUUCCCCUGGGGUGACGGUGACAAGACCUUGUUUUGGAACAGCAGCGUCAACUACCACAACCCUGACAAGGCUUAA